AUGACAUCUUCUGGCGCCAGAAACGGCCUUUCCACCCAUAACUUUAGAAUCGCGAGCCGGUGCCUGGCGUCCGCCCUCUACCUCCCCCCUCAUUCUGAACCGCCAAGCUGUGCGGAUAAGCACCAAUCCUGGACCGAUCCCAUGCUUUGCGAGGAAACCGAGUCAGAUGGGAACAUUUUCGCGGUCUUGGGUGGCUCCUCCAAACUUCACCCGAAGACGAUAGGAAUCGCCGUGGUUGAACGGGCGGAAGUGGGAUUACCCUUGAUGAAUGAAAGCCUGUGGUUGGGGGAAUGA